UGUCAUUUUAAUUUACCGCGGGACGGAUAUUAUUCUCUCAACGUUUCGAGGCAAGAGUUUGUCAUCCAAUGACUUGGAAUUCAUUCAACGAAACGGCAUUAGGAAGUAGAACACUGGGUUAUCAUGAAAAAAAAAAUAAGCCAAUGAAAGUUGACGAUAGGAUUUUGUUGGAUGGGGCAGGGAAAAUCCCGGAAAUAUGGGACGGAGGAGAGGCAGUGGCGUAGUAGUAUAUGAUGUCACGUUAAACUGACUCUGUCAAUUUGAAAAUGAUUUUAAUACGAGUGGUACGCUUAUGCCAUAAUUGAAUCGAGGGUAUCCUCCUGAGGGCUUCGACACCGUCAAUGACUUCCAGUAACGUGUGGGCUGCUGCUGCGAGCCCUGCUGCAUUUUAAUCAAUUUAAUUCAUCAUAUUAUUUCGACUAUCUCAAAUUCUAGCUAACUCUUAAGAAAUAGUUGUUAUUCAACUCCAAAAACACCUCGUACCCUAUUUUUCAUUAUUAUCGUUUCACCGUUCGUCCCACUACGGCCUCACACUCUGAGUAAAUAUUAUCUUCAAUAACACAAGUGCGUGAUACAAAAUAUUAUUGAAUAUCGACAGUGAAAAUUGAACCAUGAGUUUUACUAUUGAUAGUCUCAUUCUGCGUAUAAUUUGAGUCGCAGAAGUUGAACGGAAGAGUGAAUAAAAUUCGUAAAUAUUCUGCAUGUGAGCACAUUAUUGCCGGAAUUAAUAAAACCCAUAUCUGUGGACUAGAAGCGAUGUGAUCAUCCACCGGUAAAGUUUCAGUGGGUAAAAUGACGAGGGAAAGUAUUUGAAAAAAAUGUUCAAGUGCGAUGAUAAUAACAAUUCACUGGUGUAGAAGAAAUAAUUUGUAUGCAGAGAUAAUGGUGAAGUAGGAAGGGGAUAUUCCGAUAUUUUGAGAUUUGAAUAUUUAGAUUUGAUUGUUCACAUUGUUCAUAUUGUAUUGGUGUAACGGACCAAUGAGAGCUCUUGGCCAUAUGGCAAAGUGGUGGAAGAAGAUGCUGAGCACGUGUUAGCCAGUCAAUGCCCGAAAUAGGCGGUUUAUGAGUCGUUCUAAGUGUUUUCCCUCCACGUGUGCCUUCAAAAAUUCUAAGAUAAUACCGAGGCGAAUGGAAGCUAUCUCGACACUUGUCGACGAGCUGUCGAUCGGUCAACAUCUUUUGUAGCUGUUUUUCAUUAUUUAUUAUUUAUAUCGCGACUCAAGGGAAUAUAAAAUCGUAGAACAAUGCCAGACAAGGUUGCACCAGCCGAGAGGCAGAUUCUUCCUGGAAAACCUAAGGAAGUCCAGAGUGUUAAAUUGAAGAAAGAAUUGGGACUGCUGGAUGGAGUGGCUAUUAUCGUAGGUGUUAUCGUUGGUGCUGGUAUUUUUGUAUCACCCAAAGGGGUUUUGAAGUCCAGUGGAAGUGUCGGAUUGGCCAUCGUCGUAUGGGUUUUCUCGGGGGUGCUGUCACUCGUUGGUGCAUUAUGUUAUGCAGAACUUGGUACGAUGAUACCGAAAUCCGGUGGAGAUUACGCCUACAUAAGUGAGGCAUACGGUGGUCUACCGGCAUUUUUGUACCUCUGGGUGGCUUUAUUCAUCCUCGUACCAACUGGAAAUGCAAUAACAGCAUUGACAUUUGCUCAGUAUAUACUUCAGCCACUCUGGUCUGGCUGUGAACCCCCUCACGACGCUGUGAGACUUCUAGCAGCUGUUGUAACGUGUCUUUUAACAGCGAUCAACUGCUACAAUGUGAAAUGGGCAACGAGGGUACAGGACGUUUUCACUGGAACAAAAAUAUUCGCACUGAUAAUUAUUAUAGCAACUGGACUGUAUUAUUUUUCCACCAAUGACUCUGUACCCUUCUCUCAACCGAUGAAGGGGACCAAUACGGAGCCUGGAUACCUGGCUCUGGCUAUUUAUUCGGGCCUUUUCUCCUACUCUGGAUGGAAUUACUUAAAUUUUGUGACCGAAGAGCUCAAGGAUCCCUACAGAAAUCUACGGAAUGCUAUUUGCAUCUCCCUACCACUCAUCACCGUGAUUUAUGUCUUAGUGAAUCUUGCGUAUUUCGCUGUAUUGUCGCGAGAUGAUAUUUUGGCGUCGAAUGCUGUUGCAGUGACCUUUGGGGAUAAAUUACUUGGCCCCAUGUCCUGGAUCAUGCCAGUCUUCGUUGCUUGCUCGACAUUUGGUGCUCUGAACGGUGCAAUUUUUGCAUCGUCAAGAUUAUUCUUCGUUGGCGCUAGAAAUGGACACCUUCCAAAUGCAAUAGCGCUUAUAAACAUUCAAAACCUGACACCAAUGCCAUCGCUCAUAUUUCUCUGCAUCAUCACACUCUCGUUGCUGAUAAUACAGGACGUCUAUUCGCUGAUAAAUUACGUGAGCUUCGUUGAGGCUCUCUUUACAACACUCUCAGUCUCCGGGUUACUGUGGAUGAGACACAAGAAACCCAAUCUCGAACGACCGAUCAGGGUACCUACGAUACUCCCAAUAAUCUUCUUGAUCAUCUGCGUGUUCCUCGUGACAUUCCCGAUUUACAUAACUCCAUGGGAAGUAGGAAUAGGAAUAAUCAUCAUACUCUCUGGAAUUCCAGUGUAUUUGGUCUUCAUUUGGAUGCCCACCAAGCCAAAGUGGCUUGUCAAUUCAUCGCAGAAAUUCAACACGACAUGCGCUAAAUUAUUCAUGUGCAUUCCUGAAGAGAAAGACGAUUAAGAGAAUAGAUAAAUUUUGUUGCAUAAUCCAAAACUGCAUGUUCUGCCCAUUUGAUUGCUGAGUCAUCAACGAUGGAGGAACGUUUGUACAUUGAUAAAACUCAUCGAUUGCAAUGAUGAAUCUCUGCUUGAGAACUGCUGGGGCCAAUUAAGUUUAUAGAUUGCUCAUUAUUGUGGCAAAUACCAUUGUGCUCGAGAAAUCGUCGACUUUGCAUCGGAAUGAUAACUCCUUUUUACUCUACACUUGUGAUAACGAGAGUUCAAACCCCUCGGAUUUCGAUUAAGUAUGCCUUCAUCAUUUCGGUGUAAGAGACAUUUUAAACUGAAAUUUUAAAUCAUCAAGGUAACAUUUGUACAGACAAGUGGACGCAUAAUUUUGGACAUUCCGAAGCCUUUCGCAGACAAUAAUUUCGUUUCUUUUUGUAAAUCAUUAGGUGACACAUUCCCACGACAUUUCUAGAUGAUACUAGUGUAUUUAUUGAUAAGUGAAUUUUCUUUUAGUUUUUGGGACAUAAUUAUUUAUUUGGCACAUACAGUAUAAUACUUAUUUUUAAUACAUUAUGACUAGCAAUUUUUCAUUUAGAGGCAAAUCGCUGCACCAGUGUGGAUUUUUGCUCACACAACGAGGCGAUUAUUUCCCUUUCAGCCCAUCUUUAGUUUAAAAUAAGCUUCUUUAUAUAAACAUUUUGUAUUGCAGCUGGAAGCCAAUAUGAUAUGGAUUCUAGAAUUAUUUAUCCCAUUAGGUGAAAAUUUACAUUUUUACUGAUAAUGCAAUGAUAAUAACGGGAAAGUGCCUUUCCAAGAGUUCAGAAGAAAAAUCAUAGGACAUUUGUAAUCAACGAUUGUACGUGUUACAUAAUCGUGGUACGUGGUACAAAGGAAUUUGGCAGCCAUAAAAAACUAGAACAAUGUGUUUUUUUUUUCAAUCUAUCAAUAAAAAUUUGUCGCGCAAAAGCGAAUUUCUUA